GCCGCCACCACCGAGGACUCCAGAGCCCCGGCAGGACUGGAGCGAGCCCAGCCCUCCAGCGCGCUGCCUGCAUGGCCGCCUCCAGCUCCGGCAGCGUGGCCAGCCUGGGCCAGGGGCUCCCCCGUUCGCCAGGAAUCCAUCAGCUGAGCGGCCGCAUCUCGCCGUCGGGAUCCGCAUCACCGCCUGCCUGCCUGCCUGCGUCUCCCGAAGCAGCCUCGCAGGCGCCCCGCCGCGCCACAGACGCGCCUGCCAGGGAAGGCUCAGCCGCUGCCUCCGCUGAGCGGCCCCGCCGCAGCAGCUUAACAGGUGCAGCGGAUUCAAGAGUGGAUCUGCCAUCUCUUGUCAAUAUCCCCUUCAUGCAUUCUGUGCUUAACCUUGCUGGAGUGGUACUCCAGAGGCCAGGUCAGUCUGGUGUGUGAACGAAGGCACACCCACCCACAGCCUUCUACAGACCAAUGGUAUUCUCUCAGGGGCAACAGAGGACCACAUCUCCAUCCAGCAGCCUCCUCUUCUGAACCUUUCCUCCCCACGUUGCUUGCGGGAUGGAUUGGGCCCCCAAUUUCACCUGCUUCUCUGUCACAACCUUGACGGGAUCCAACCGGAGCAGCUCCACCCUGACCGACCUGCCUGGCUCUGGGGGCUCCUUCUCCGUGUUCAGCGUGCUGGUCUUGACUCUGUUGGCCAUGUUGGUGGUGGCCACUUUCCUUUGGAACGUGCUGGUGCUGGCCACCAUCUUGCGGGUGCGCACCUUCCACCGGGUGCCCCACAACCUGGUGGCUUCCAUGGCCAUCUCGGACGUGCUGGUGGCCGCCCUGGUCAUGCCUCUGAGCCUGGUGCACGAGUUGUCCGGCAGGCGCUGGCGGCUGGGCAGGUUGCUGUGCCAGGUGUGGAUCUCUUGCGACGUGCUGUGCUGCACGGCCAGCAUCUGGAACGUCACGGCCAUUGCCCUGGACCGCUACUGGUCCAUCACCCGGCACCUGGAGUACACGCUGCGCACCCGUCGGCGCAUCUCCAACAUCAUGAUUGCUCUCACUUGGGUCCUCUCUGCCGUCAUCUCCCUGGCCCCGAUCCUCUUUGGCUGGGGAGAGACCUACUCGGAGGGCGACGAGGAAUGCCAAGUCAGCCAAGAGCCGUCCUACACGAUCUUCUCCACAGUUGGGGCCUUCUACUUGCCCCUCUGCGUGGUGCUUUUUGUCUACUGGAAAAUCUACAAGGCAGCCAAGUUUCGGAUUGGGUCCCGCAAGAGCAAUUCUAUCACGCCCAUUGCACCGGAAGCCCUGCAGCAGGGCAAAGAAGCCUCCCAGCAACCACAGAUGGUGUUCACUGUCCGCCAUGCCACCGUGACCUUCCAGACGGAUGGAGACACGUGGAGGGAACAGAAGGAGAAAAAGGCUGCCGUCAUGGUGGGCAUCUUGAUUGGAGUCUUUGUCCUCUGCUGGAUCCCCUUCUUCAUCACAGAACUCAUCAACCCUCUCUGCUCCUGUGACAUCCCCCCCAUCUGGAAGAGCAUCUUCCUCUGGCUUGGCUAUUCCAAUUCCUUUUUCAAUCCUCUGAUCUAUACAGCCUUCAACAAGAACUACAACAAUGCCUUCAGGAGCCUGUUCUCUAGGCAGCAAUGAGGAUUCGGAGAACAACUAGCUGUCUACAGACUUCUGCUCUCCUUUCCUCGGACCAGGAGGCAUGGGGGCAUCUUCAAAGGGGCCUUCCCAGGCAAUCCUCUUUUGGGCACACCAUGCUUGAUUGUUGCUCAUUGUUCCAGGGAAUUCAGUUGUCUUUCUUGAAGAUGCUGUAAUUGAGAUACUCUUAUCUUCCCAGCACUCAGUGCAUCAAUGACAGCUAAUGUGUGUGGAAUGCACUUUCACACGUCUUAUGGUCACCCAUUGGAUGGAACUUGUGACAUCAUUUAUAAUGACUGACAUUAACUUCCCCACAUUUAAUGGAAGAUAAAGUUUGGUUUUUUUACUUCAAAGAAGAGAUGUGCUUCUGUAAUCAUGCUGUAAGUAGAGGUUACUCUUAAGAAUAUAAGAACAGCCCUGCUGGAUCAGGCCCAAGGCCUGUCUAGUCCAGUUUCACACAGUGGCCCACCAGAUGCCUCUGAGAAGCCCACAGGCGAGAGGUGAGGGCUUCUUCCUUGCUAUCACUUAAGCAAAGGAGCACUCAUCAUGUAGCCCUUAAAAGGAAGUAAGAGUGUUGAACUUUCUUGCAGCCCUUGCAUGUUGUCGCCCUUCCAAUACAAACCAGGGCAGACCCUGCUUAGCAAAGGGGGAAGUUCAUGCUUGCUCCUGCAAGAACAGCUUUCCUCCCCACGUAGGACCAGCUCUGUGUUUGUUAUACCUUUUCUUGAUACAAUGGUCCAUAUCAUGAACAUUGUGUACUUGUUUCCUAAUAGAUUCUUAUUCAGUUCUAAUAUUGGACUAAUAUUGGCCAGGAUCCAAAGAAUCAUGCAGCUGGUUCUGCAACCAUAAUGGGUUUUUACGAUUCACUUUCCUGAUGCCCACCCCCCAUCCCCAUGGUAUCCGGCGAACCAUUUUUGCACCGAAGUGCAAAAAGCAGUUUGUUAUACCAUUUGUGGGUGUCAGCUGUUCAAAGAAAAACCAAGUCAAAGUCUCACUGGGUGUGCCAAAGGCCUGGAGUGCACCUAAACUAGUAUCUUGAAUCCUGGUAUUGCAUAUACCUUGUUUCCAGAGUCUUCUGUGCAAUAGUGCUGCUACUAACAAUGAUGCAGAGCCAAACUCAGUACAGGAAGAUUUGAGCAUAUUGCACUCAACAGAAAAGAAAGUAACACUCUCAUAAUUUGCUGAACUAACAAAAGGAAGCCAUCCAGAUUCAAACUUUCCCCCGUUUGCCUUAAAACACAAGAUUUUUUAAAAAAUUAACCAUAUUCCAGACUUUUUAUAAAAUGUUCAGUGACAGGAGAUAUUUUUCUUGCCAAAAUCCAAUUAAAAUCUACUACUAGGUUCAAAGGACUCUUCUAGAACAAUUUUUUUCAGAUAUUCCAGUAAAAUGGCCAGACAAUUUUCUUUAAAAGUUUUUCCCCUAGUUCUCUGAAGGCUUUGUGCUCUUCUCUGCCACACUGAAGCACACAUCUUCCUAAUUUUUUCUUCCAAAAAAAAGCAUCCAGUGCCAAUAUGAGCAUCCCUUGUAGGAGCACUGUCCGUCUUCCUCAUCUGUUGGGAAGAGAUUAGUCAUCACACUACUGAUGAUCAUAGAACCUUAGAGUUGAAAGAGAUUUUUGAGGUAAUGAAGUGCUAAAGACACAAAAGUUUGGGUGGUAUAGAAGUUUAAGAAAGAAAGAAAGAAAGAAAGAAAGAAAGAAAAUCUGUCUGAAACUAACUGAAAGGACACUUUGAAUUGAAUUUUCUAAGAUAUCCGUAUUUAUUGAAUCCAUGGAGAUCAACUCAAAACGUCAAGAGGCUAUCCCUCAGAGAGAUCUUGCUCAUUAACCUGCGUUCCAGAAAAUUUCAUGUCCCUGUUGUCUUAGAAUCAGCACACGAGCUCAUUUCUUCACUAACAGAAUAUUCGUGUUAUAGUAGUGUUUGCUUAUUAUCAGAGAUUGGCAACCGUGUGCUGACAGUGGUCAUGGGACAGGAUCAUACAUGUACAUGCAUCACUUGAUUAUUUUAAAAUAUGCCCCCUUCAAAAAUUCAGAUCAGCUUGCACCGGUCAUUAAAACAGUAACACCAUUAAAACCAACAAUCAAUAAAACCACUACACAGCAAAAUUCCUGGCAGUUCAGUGUGUGUGAACUGGCUCCAUUGAUAAGUAUGAGGAGGUAUGAGCAUUCUGUCUUUCUUCUUGGACAGCCCAUUCACACAUGCAGAUGCAGAAAGAAUCAAAUGAUGAGCAUGUAUGCAGGGAGGCGAUUUGAAAUUUCUUUGAACUGGAUUCUUCCUAGGCACCAUAAUUUUACAUAUAAAUGCCUGAUCUUGCACGUACAAGGUUUUUGACCUCUUCGGUUGACAAGUACUCUUUUGUAAUCUGCCCUUCCACAAGUGGUAGAAGGGGGCCGAGGGCAGGUUCUAGAACAGGGGUGGGCCGACUUGGCUCUCCAGCUGUUGUUGAACUACAACUCCCAUCAUUCCCAGCCACAAUAAAUUACCAAAUGUGGAGGGGCAGGUUUGCCCACCCCUGUUCUAGAAUGUCAGUUUCCUUAUAGGAAGAAUGCACUGGAGAACUGUGGUAUUCUUGUAAUAUCUGUCUGUUUACAAAUAUAAUGUAUAACAUGAGUAGGAUUGAGGAGGAGCAGGCAGGUGCAUAGACAGGCAAUGCUCUUGAUGCAAUGCCCCCCACCCAGUGUCUCCUGCCUGAGCCAUUGGAAAGCCACUGCCAGUCUGUGUAGACAGUACUGAACUAGAUGGACCAGUGGUUUGGCUCACUACUGUAUGAGGCAGCUUUCUAUGUUCCAACAUCAACUGUACAUCCAUUAAACUCCCCAAGGUUGUAUUGAUUCUCCCCGUCACCCUUUCAGCUUCACACUUCUGCCUUACCUGGUACAGCUAGGCAUGAGAAGACUCGCUAAGAUAAUAUAGGUGGCCUUGAUAUGAUAUUGGCAUGUAAAUGAAAACGAGAAAAUGGUAUGUUGUGAAAUCGGCCUUCUGAUGCUCUUGUCAGCGAAGGGUGCAUGAAAGGAAAUUUGAAUCCCUUGGUUUCAAUGAUGACGUUCUCUCCCAUUCAUAGCAUCCAGAUGUUUUAUCUUGACUGCUUCCAAAUCAUAGGUUCUGAACUAUCUUUUUAUUUCACAUGUUCUGGUUUGUGUAUUUAAAAAAAGGAUAAAAAACCAAGACUAAAUAAAGUGCAAACAUCUUUUAAAAAUGG